UAUGACAACAGUGUAAUUGUUUUUGGCGUAGUAAAAUCGUAAUGUUUUGAGGCAUAUUUUAAAUGAAAAUGAUGUCGGACGUAGCUAAAAAGAACAAAAACGACGACAAAGUCAACAACAAUGCCACGAGUGAAGCAAAACCUUUGGAUGAAAGUGAAAUAAAGCUAAACAAUGAGCUCAAGGCUCGACUCCGAAAGUACAUCAAGAAGUUGGAUGACACUGGCACAAGCAUAACAAAAGAAGAAAGCGAUAAAAUAGAAGUCGAAACAUUCAAACAGCUUUACAAACCGAAAUUGGAAGCUGAUGAAGAAUCGUACAAAAAAAUCCCUAAAUUCUACUUCAAACUUCCCCGAACCGAUGACACUUUAGCACAGAAAUUGAGAGAAGAGACCCGAGCCCAGUUUUUGCAGAAAAAAAGCAAAGAAUUGCUGGAUAAUAGCGAAUUAAAACAUCUAUGGAGUUUACUGGAGAAGUCCAACGGAAGUUAUAGUAUGUCCAACAAUGACGAGCUGAUGAUCGACUACUUUCAGUUCAAGAAGAUCAGGGAUGAGGCUGGACCUAAAUACAGGCCAUACUUCACCGCAGAAGUGUUUGGUCGUCUGCAAGCGGCCGAAGGCAGCAUGGGCCGAGUGCGUGGCGUGUCUCUCUUCAACUACGUCAUGAGACGCGUGUGGCUACAGCAGACAAGGAUCGGGCUGUCGCUGUAUGACGUCACUGGGCAGGGAUACCUUACGGAACAUGAUCUAGAGAGCUACAUAGCAGAGCUGGUUCCGUCUCUGGCAGCUCUAGACGGGCUGGACUCUUCCUUCAGCUCGUUCUACGUGUGCACCGCAGCCAGGAAGUUUCUGUUUUUCCUGGACCCUCUCAGGGUGGGGCGUGUUAGGAUACAGGACGUGCUGUCGUGUUCUUUCUUGGAUGAUUUGCUAGAGCUGCGCGAGGAAGACCUCCCAAUGGAGCUGCAAGAACAGAACUGGUUCAGUGCAGCGUCCGCCCUCAGAGUCUACGGCCAGUAUCUCAACCUGGACAGGGACCACAAUGGUAUGCUGAGUAUCAACGAGCUGGCUGGCUACGGUUCAGGCACGCUAACCCGCGCGUUCCUUCAACGCGUCUUCCAGCAAUGCCUGACGUACGACGGGGAAAUGGACUACAAGACCUACUUAGACCUGGUGUUAGCCCUGGAAAACAGAAAACAGCCGGCAGCCCUGGCGUAUCUGUUCCGAGUGUUGGACAUCAACUCGCAGGGGUAUCUGGACGCUUUCACGCUGAAUUAUUUCUUCAAGGCAAUCCAAGAGCAAAUGAUCGCCCACGGCGCCGAGCCGGUGAACUUCGACGACGUCAAAGACGAAAUCUUCGACAUGAUCCGACCGCAGCACCCUUCGCGUAUCACGCUCCAAGAUUUGGUCCGAAGCGGCCACGGGCACACAGCCGUGUCCAUACUGCUGGAAUUACAUGGCUUCUGGGCGUAUGAGAACAGAGAGGCAUUAGCAGCGGCCGGCGACCACCAGGCCUGACGUCACGAGCUGUCGGGGGACAUCGACAACAUUGAUCGGCAUUUGGAGCAGAAUUUGAGGAAGAUUCGGCUGUAGACAGUGAAUUAUGGAAGACUUUUUCGAACAAAAUAAGUGUGGUGUAAUUUUUUCGCUCCAAAAACUAGUGUGUUGUGUAUCGGCAGUUGGUUCUAAGCAGGGAUGUUAUGGAUAUCCGUAACCUUAACCGAAACUUUCGGAUAUCCGAAAUAUAAAAAUAUCCGUAACCGAAACCGGUAUAAUAUUAUUCUUAUAUCCGUAACCGUAUCCAUAACUAAAACUACAUAUCCAUAACAUCUCUAGUUCUAAGAUAGCCUCUUCUGUGGUUGAGGAUGCCGGGUGAAGCUCAUCUACCGCCAUUUGGAGCAGAAUUUGAUGAAGAUUCGGCUUUUAAGUGAAAUUGUGGCGAUUUUGGACCAAAAAAUUUAGUGUAGCUCACUUAUUGCUCUUAGAACUAGUCCAGAGUAGUCACAGCGGAAAUUGUAUAAAAUCUUACGUUUUAAUGGACGAAGUGUAGUGUCAAAAAACUAUGUGUGCCUUGACUUCUUGAUGAUGUUAAGUGAAUUUAUUGGUAACUUUUGUACGCGAUUAUGCGAAAUAUUUGUACUACUCCGCAUUACAGAAAACAACCGUCUGUGUUACAGUCUAAAUAGCGACUGCCAUUUCUCGAUCCGUUUAACACCGUCAUAGCUUCGGUAACGGAGUGGGGGAAAGAAAAGCCUAUAAAAUAAACGCGGUGUUAAAAUUAAGCAAUAUUUAUUUUUGUAACAUGAUUAAAUAACUUUAAACAAUAUUCAAAAUGCUGUCUUAUAAAUUAAUUGUAAAUAAACAUGAAUUAUUAUAUUAUUAAAAUUGUAGGGUAAACCAGAGAGUGAUUGCCCACUGGUAGUGAUUGCCCGCUUUAAGAAUAAUAUUGUCAGGAGCUGAGUUUGAAUCACUCUAGUUAGAUUUGAAUUUACUAAGUAGAUGGCUCCGAGAUCAAUGUACAGUAGAUUUAAAAUUUACAAUAGGAAACACUAAAAAAAAACAGUUAUGACGGAUUUUGUCAAGACGGGUGAAAAUGUUACUCAAACAGGUAAAGACUUUAACAAUUUUACUAAGGAAUUACUUGCUUAGAGGUUAAUUUUUUUUUGCAAGUUAUUUAAUAUUCAACUAAUGGUGUAUAGUCAUGAUGAAAUUAUAAGUGUUUCCUCUAUUGUCAAUGAAAAUAACUGAUAAAAUUUGAUUUCUAACGGUCAUUUUAACGGUGGGUAAUCACUGCACGUAAAUCUGUAUAUUCUUAGUUAUUGCCCACCAUCAUUUCAGUUAUUGCCAUAUGUUAAUGUAUAGUUAUUGACCAGGGCAAUUAUUAUUAGAGUGUUACCACCAUGCAGUAGCAGUGUUUAAGUUGCUUAUUGCUAGACUUGUUUUGCAAUUUACAGGCAUAAAUAUUGAAAUGGCUUUUAAUGUUUCAUUUUCAGUAUGCCAAAGACUCCAAAAGUUCAAUAUAGCAUAGAGAAUUUGCAAAUAGCGAUUGAAGCUGUACAAGAUAUAUCGAACAAUUUAUCUACAAGAUAAAUUGCUGAAAAAUAUGGUUUGGCUUGAAAAAAUUGAUAAAAAUUCAAACGCAAAUACAAAAAAUGAAAAUCCUACGUUGAAGCUACUAGUGAAAAUGUUAAUUGUACGGAAACAGAUACAACUUUAGGGAAGAAUAACCAACAGCUAAUGGAACAUUCUGAGCAACCACUUGAACUGAUAUCAAAGAAGAUAAAAAAUAAAUACAUAUAAAAUUUAUAUAUAAAAUUCAAAUUUUUGCUUCGUCUAUGUUUUGAAGUAGAUGAUCUCUACCGAUUCUGAGUCAUCAACAUCAGCUCAAGAAAUAUUUGAUAGGCCAAACGCAAUUUAUUUUGAAAUUUUGAAGACUGUACUACUAGAAUUUAAGUUUAAUGUUUUGUUUUGUUUAUUUAAAGCCUAUUUUGUCAUUUUAAAAUAGAUUAUUUUGUUUUAAGAAACUGGGCAAUUACUGUGCUUUGAUGUGGGCAAUUAGUGUAAGUAAUGGGCAAUGACUGUACUUUUUGGAGGAUUUUAAAGGACAAUGUUCGUUCUCCAUACAUUGUUCGCCUAAAGAACCAACAAUUUUGACAUAUUACUACCCGAAAGCGAAAUAAUACGAUUCUGUGUGUAAGAACAAUGAUUCCUGAUGGACACUUGCCAUAAAAUUAAUGAUUAAGAAUAUUAAAUCACAGCGAUUUUAUAAUAUGUCGUUUAUGACAACAUGGCGUCUAAUGUAUUGUGUGAAUGUAUGAACACCGAUUCGCGAAAAAUGUUUUGUAUUGUCGUCACGCCGAGUCGCAGCCAAAUAGUAUAAAAUAAUAGAACAAGUUUCAGAAAUACAACUCGGCAUUCCACUUUUACAAUAUGCCCACAUAUUGCACGUAAAUAAACAACAUGAAUCGUAGGUUGUUUCCACCCUUGUCAUCUGACACAUGAAAUAAACUCCUAUUGUAUUAUAGAUAUCGAAGCCGAAUCGUAUAUAAUAAUAGAAUGGGUUUUGGAGAUCACUCGGGGUUCCACUUUUAUAAAAUACCUACAUAUUACAUAAAAAUACCACGAAUCAUGAGUUUUCUUUUCACCAUUUACAUCUGACACGAGAUAACAAACUCCUAUCUCCAUGACUACCAUCGUAGUCUAUGCCAAAGACUACAAUAUUUUAAGCAAGAAGUUUCAAACCUUAGCGGCUACGGUAACCCCUGGGCCACAUACAUCAUGAUAACAUUCGGUCGACACCGGAACGAAGUCUUGCGAUUAUGCAAAAAAGCAUCGUAUUCUAGUGCGGCUAUAUCACGUUCAACCGGGGUUUUAAUUCGACUAAAGUCCUGACUAAAGACUGGAAGAAAAUACGCCGCAUUGUAUGAGCACUUCGUGUUCGUUAAAGCGGCUUCAGAUCUAGAGCCCACAUAGUUUUCUUUCCAAUAAUAUCCGCAAGUAGCGCUGCAUGAUCUUUACAACAAAAACGGCAAUAGUUAUUAAGGUGCCAAAAUUAUAUGAUUACUUUGGCACGGUAUUAUACACGUUCGAAGAUUUGUCAUUUUCAUUCAUUUCUUCAUCAUCAUCAUCAUUUCAGCCACAGGACGUCCACUACUGAACAUAGGCCUCCCCCAAUGACUUCCACAUCGCACGGUUGGUAGCGGCCUGCAUCCAGCGCCUUCCCGCUACCUUUAUCAGGUCGUCGGUCCACCUUGUGGUGGGUUGACAUUGCAGAAUAUGACUUUUGAUAGGUUCAUCAUAGAAUUCGGCGGGGAUAUCCUCACGGAGGAAGUUCGUAAAAGGGCGGAACAAGAUCUUAUAAUAAUGCAAGGCCGAAGCUGUUACGCGCGUGCUCAUACGUGUAAUCCGGCGAGUAUGCAAUAAAUAGUAAUGUCUGGUAAAUAGUGGUAAUACGUAUCGUUCGUUCGUUCGUUUCAGCCGAAAAGACGUCCACUGCUGGACAAAGGCCUCCCCCAAGGAUUUCCACGAAGACCGAUCCUGCACCGCUCGCAUACAGGCACCUCCCGCGACCUUCACCAGAUCGUCGGUCCACCUAGUGGGAGGCCUGCCCACGCUACGUCUUUCGGCUCGUGGUCGCCACUCAAGAACUUUCCUGCCCCAGCGGCCAUCAGCUCUACGAGCUAUGUGCCCCGCCCCGUCUAUGUCUGUAUGCGCUACGAUUACAGGGUAUCAUUUUGCAUAGUCGCAAGACUUCACUCCGCUGCUGUCAAAUCAAUGUCGCAUAAUGUUAUCGCAAUGUGUGUGGCCCUUGGCCAAAUCACAGAAGCCUAUGCGAAGAAAGAGCACUUGAAUGACAAUAAAAAUCAGGGUUACCAUUUUAUAAGAUUUCCUCACUAUUGAGGGUAACAAAGUAACAUUAAUAAUCUAGCCAUUAAUUACAUUUAUUACCUAUACGAGAAAGUAAAGCAACAUGCGGUUU